GCUGCCUAACAACAAUAACAGCUGAGCAUAUCUGCAGCGCAAAUCGAUUUCUCUUAUGAAAUCGUGUCGAAAUAAUUUGUUCAAAUAGCAACAUUAGUGAUCAUUUGUGUAAUGUUUUCGUAAAAAUACAAGCGUAACAGUGUCCUCCAUAACGAAGAAAAAUGUUCUCAAUUAAAACACCACGUAUACAGCAGAAAGAUCUUCAAUGUCUCAACGGCUGUGGUUUCUACGGAAAUGCACAGUGGAAUGGACUGUGCUCGAAAUGUUAUCGCGAGCGAACGAUAAAGGAACGCCACAUCAAACAAUAUCGACCCGUAAAGUUUGCCGAUCAUGUAACUGGACGAAAACAAGAGUCGCAUCAUCAUCAGCAGCAAAAACAGGCAGAUCACCACGCCAGGUUGUCUCAUGGCCAGUUGUUAAAGCCUGGACCAGCUCCGAAAGAGGAAGAUAAAAAGAAAAAACGCAACCUUAUGGAUUUGCUUAAAAAGACGACGCCUACGAAGAAUGCAAACAAAUCAUCCAGACACCACAAUCGGCAACCGAUGGACAAACUGGAACAAGAGUACCAGGAAGCACUGAAAUCAUUAAAAAUAGAAGAAGCGACCAAACAAGAAUUGAAAUAUUUCAUUGAGAUGCUGGACCAAAAGAUAAGAAAAAAGCACAACGAUUGUAGUAUAGAGGAAAUUUCCGAAUUCGUUCAAAGUGACUACACUAAAUUUCAACAGUAUAUGAACCUAGAAAAUUCUAAAUUUGCGAACGUACCACAGGAAACCAAAGAUCAAGCACUAGAUUUUUUCGAAAAAUGUAUCAUGACAAUGAACCAUGGCCGGUUGUUUUCUCCGCCAAGUACAAAUGAUGAGGAGAAGGAUUCUCAGAUUCAGAAACGCAUCCGACAGCUGAACUGGAUCAAUGCUAAGCACUUACUCUGCAGCAUUGACGAGGUCAAUUCGGAAGUGCGAGAUCUCGUUUACACAGCCAUUACGGAGUUAGUUUCAAUGGAUUCUUUUCACUCCCCGCAGGAAAAGCUAGAAUGUAUCAUUCGUUGCUGUCGAAACAUAUUCAGCUUGCUUAAACAGUCUGUCGGAGGACCUGCUAGCGCCGAUGAGUUCCUACCAGCUCUGAUAUUCGUUGUUCUUAAGGCAAAUCCGGUUCGGCUACAUAGCAAUAUCAACUACAUUACACGAUUCAGCUACGCUACGCGGCUGAUGAGUGGCGAGGGUGGAUAUUACUUCACAAAUCUUUGCUGUGCAAUUUCGUUUGUUGAAAAUUUGACCUCGGAGUCGCUAUCUAUGUCAGCUGAGGAAUUCAAUGGACUCAUGGCUGGUGCGAAGACAGGACCAUCGGCUUGGGAGAGUGCUCUAAUGGCCUGCGAAAGUUUGCAUCUCAUUUCGGAGAAUCUGAAAACAAUGAAGAGUCUUGGAGCACGCAACGAUGAAAUUUUAAAUAACGUGGCACUAUUGGACCAGGACAUCGAAAACUUCAACAAAGAAAUUAGUCGCAAAGUCGCAGAUGUUCUUGAACGAACUCCGCUGGUGCUCAAACCGAUCCGCACACCACGUCGUUUAGAAAAACGCAGCAUGUUGCCCAGUCCUACCAGUAGUAGUCAGCAAUCCAUCGACGUGGGUCAUUUCCAAUCGAACCUAGUGACCGCCAUUAAGAGUGGUGACGUCGAAUACGAUGAGUCGAAAACGAAAGCCUCCAUCGAUCCAAACUCGACCCCGCAAACCAACUUCGAUGAUUUGGUCAAGAACCUGUCGGAUGCUUUAGCUGUUCCGUUAGUUUCUGUCGAAUGCGAGAAGGGUACACCGCUGGUUCCGUCGCCAUUUUCUGGCAUGAGUGCUAGUAACUCGACUGAUUUGUUGUCCGCUUCACCCGUGUUUGACUACAACAGAGUGUUCGACACUCAAUCACUGGACGAAAUUGCCACGCCGGACGACAUGGCACACAGUUUCAUUCGAGGUAUCAGGAACAUCAACUAUGAUUUCGAUUUCUCCGAUCACAGUGGCGAAAACAGCGUUGCAGAGGAUGCAGGAAUGAACCCAACAUCGACUACGAAAGCGCAAAUAAGCAAAUACGAUUUGGAGGAAUUCGAUCCGUUGCUUGCGAAAGAACGAGAAGAAAAACUUUCACCACUUCCGCUGCGGCCACCGAGUGUUGCUAGUGGUGGAAAUCUGCUGGACGAGGACUCACCUCGUGCUCUGUUGCUCGAAUCACCAAUUAAACCAACUGUCGCCGAAUACCAGGGCUUCUCGCUACAAGGGUGCAAUAUUCCAACGAUUACCUGCGCUGCCGGUGAUAUGAGUGCGUCCUGUUCGAGCUCGAAAGGGCAACCACAGAAAUCGGCACCGAGCGCAUCGAGCAGUGGUAGUUUAAUUUGAAAUCGCUGUGAGUCUUGAGUGGUGGGUAGUGCAUGUGUUGUAUGUUAUUGAAUGUAAAAUGUGUUGCUAUAUCAUUGAAAAUUAUA